AUGAUAGUAGAAAAGGAUACAAAUAAAGAAGAAGAGGAAGAUGAAGAAGAAAAGAGUCCUCAUAAAUAUCAGUUACCCUCCAGCAGUGGGAGGAUGGCAGAACAUCUUGGAGGAGCAACAGGAUUUGUGGGUUUCAGUGCCUUACAGGACUUGGGAUAUGUCCCAGCUGCCUUACAAGGAAGUCCUUCUGAUGAUAGUACAAUAUCAGCAGAGUUCCGAGUGGCUCUGCGGAAAAUGUCCAAAAAGGAUGCCACUACAAAAAUCAAGGCAUUACAAGAAUUUGAAGCUUUAUGUGGAAAUGGAGAUGUAGAGUCCAUCAAGACAGCUCUUCCCUUUUGGCCUAGAUUGUAUGCAAAGUUAACCAUUGAUGUGGAAAGAAGAGUGAGAGAGGCUGCCCAGAUUGCUCAUGGAGCAUUAGUAUCACAAGUGGGUAAACAGCUUGCCCCUCAUCUCCGUUCCAUCAUGCCUUCGUGGGUGAUGGGUAUGGUAGAUCCACACCCAGCAGCCUCUUCAGCAGCUCUGAAAGCACUCCAGGAUGUCUUUGCUGCUGAGAAGAUAGCAGAAGUUAUGAUUUUCAGCGGGAAGGAAAUUGUUGAGCACAUCAAAGACAACCUCUUUACGCAGACACCACAGACCUUAUCAGAUGCCAAAACAACAGAUGAGGAGGACAUGAAGAAUAAAUACACGCAUGUUCUUGUUUGUUCCUUGAAAGGCAUUUCUCUCCUGCUCACCUACACUACCAGAAAUACUCAGAAAAAGCCAGAUGUGAUUGCAUUGGUUCAGCCUCUUAUCCAGAACCCCAAAUUUUGGAAAAUGUCAAAACACAAGCAUUCAAUGGUUCGCAUUGCUUGGUUUUCAACCCUGAGCAACAUGUUUGAGUAUGACUCUGGUCUCCUAAAAUGCUACAGUGAAGAAGUGAGUCAUGUCAUCCUCCCAUCCCUGGAUGACCAUGAAGGAGCUGUUUUACCACACAUCUGGGUGGCUUUCUUGCACUUGUGUCUCAUGUACCCGGCACUUUGGAACGAAGGGAACAACAAGUCAGUCUUUAACCGACUCUACUCCGUUCUGCGUGACUGUGGCCGAGGAAGCGCAGCUGAGCUUUAUCCUCAUUUGUUGCCAAUAAUAAGCAUCAUACCAGAGGAAGCAGUAGGAGACAAAACCGCAUUUUACAUUGAUUUUUUCAGAGCAGUGUCCACUGGUACUCCAUAG